UUCGAUUUGAUUUUGUUUGUUUGUUAAAAUCUAUUUUUUACCUGACAAUAGCUAUGACUGUCGUUGUUGUUGUUGUUGUUGUUGCCAUCGAUCGUUAUGAAGAUUAUUGGGGUUUAUAUGUAACUUGUGAUGAUUAUCAAUCAUUUUUGAAUCGUACCAUUUCAAUGGCUAUUAUUGAUAAAGAUUUAUGGCUAUUCACUACAAAUAUUCAAUUAAUAGUAUAUCCACAAGUUAUUGAUGAUGAAUCAAUCAGAAAUGGCAAACCAAUAACAUUAUUAUGGGGAUAUAUUUAUUCAUUGAAUGAUACAUUUCAACAGAUACAAUAUGAAACAAAUCUAACACAAAUAUUGAAUGCAUAUCAAGGUUCAUCAAUACGAUCGGCAGCUAGUUUUGGUAUAAAAAAAUAUGGCAAGGAUCCAUAUAAUCCAAAAGAUUAUCUUAUUCAAUUGAAAAUUGCAAUCGAUAUGAAUUAUGCCAUAACAAGUGUAAUGGAUCUAUUCACAAUAGUCAGUGCUAUACCUGGUGCAGUUAUAUACCAACUUCGUCGAUCAAUGCCACGUCAUAUGAAUAUAUUUUCAUUCAUUGAAAAUGAUUAUGAAUAUAUUAAAGAAAUAAAUGAAGAAGAUUACUUUGAACGAAAAUAUCGAAUUGAAUUACGUUUUAUUUCAAUUGAAAAUUUCAUUCUUUCAUAUGUUUAUGAAUUUUUAAGUAAAGAAAACAUAUUGUUACGAAUUUAUGAUGAAUCACUUAAACAUUUAGUCGGACAAAUGUGUCAUGAUCUAUCGAUUGAUCGUAUAACGACAUCGAAUUUUGCCACCGAUUGUAAUGUCUAUCAAACAAUACUAUAUCCACCAUUUGAUUUUGGUUUUUUUCAUGAUGGUUUUCUUUAUCUAGUGUUUACAGCAAGACCAAUGAUUAUAAAAAUUGAUAAAACUAUAGAAGAUUUUGCAAAUAAACAACAUCGAUUUGAAAUACUUCAAUUAGAUCAACUAUUCAUUUGUCGACCGAAAAAUUGAAUAUUUAUAAACAAAAAACAC